CCUCAGCCCGCAACGGUCGGCUCUCGCGACUUCCCCUUCCCAUUGGUUCUCCCCCACCGGUUCGAAACUUUGAGUCCAGCGCUGCUAUUGGGCGGCGUCGACUGUGCCCUGGCCGCUAAUUGGUGGAUUCAUAGACGAGGGAUGCACGCACUUACUCUAACGGUCGCCGCACUCACUUUCUUAUCUCUUGCAAAAUGCUCGACCUUGACAGCAGCAGAUACGCAGGACGCUCUGCCAGGAUACCAGCCUCGGGAUUUCUCCAAUCUGGCGCAGGACGAUCGGUCACUAAGAAUGUUUUUGGAUUUCCUGCUUAACUCGCAACAGCCCUCUCCGAUGAUGGGCGAGCCCCUGGAGGAUUCCGACGAAGGAUACAGGAGGAAGAGGAGCGUCAACACGAGCCAAGAAGAGGACGUAAGAAAAGAGGAGAAUGAAGAGACGCGAGAUAAGCGACAGACGAAAGAAGAGAAGGACGAGGAAGGAGAAACCGCAGAGGAGCAGAGCGGCAGCUGGUGGUGGCGACCCGUUGAAGAGCGUCGUUCUUACUUCAUUCCGCGACUCGGCAAGCGGGACGGAAACGACAUCCCAGCUCUUGCCAGCGAGAACGACCUGGACAAUAUGGAAUAUCUCGACGACGACGAGGUAGACUCCGGCGACGCUGAGGCUCUGCGGGAGGAAGAGGACCCCACGGGAGAGGUCGAGAAGGACGAGGACGAGCAGGACGCUUGGGCAGGUUUCGGAAGCCCACUCGACAAGAGGGACUUCGCCUUCAAUCCCCGCCUCGGCAAGCGCCAAACCUUUACCCCAAGACUCGGCAAGAGAGAUUUUGCUUUUAGCCCAAGGCUCGGCAAGCGUGACUUUGCUUUCAGCCCGAGACUUGGAAAGCGUGACUUUGCUUUCAACCCAAGGCUCGGCAAGAGAGACGGGUUUGCCUUCAACCCUAGGCUCGGGAAGCGAGCUGACUUUGCCUUCAAUCCAAGACUUGGCAAACGCGGCGAUUUCGCCUUUUCUCCUAGACUGGGAAAGAAAGCCGACUUUGCCUUCAAUCCAAGACUCGGCAAGAAAGCUGACUUUGCAUUUAGCCCAAGACUCGGUAAAAAAGAUUUUGCCUUCAGCCCUAGACUCGGCAAGAAAGACUUCGCCUUCAUCCCAAGAGCCGGCAAAAGGGACUUCGCUUUCAGCCCCAGACUCGGCAAGAGGGACUUUGCUUUCAGCCCCAGACUCGGCAAAAAAGACUUUGCUUUCGUCCCAAGAGCCGGCAAAAGGGACUUCGCUUUCAGCCCCAGACUCGGCAAGAGAGACUUCGCUUUCAGCCCCAGACUCGGCAAGAGAGACUUCGCUUUCAGCCCCAGACUCGGCAAGAAAGACUUUGCUUUCGUCCCAAGAGCCGGCAAGAGGGACUUCUCCUUCAACCCGCGCCUGGGCAAGAGGGCCGACGCAGAGGAGGACGUCCAGACGGAAGUCCUGGACGCACGAGACAGCCAGACCGCAGCCUUCCCCAGCGACCUCGGGACCGAGGACUUCAUCCAAAGGCUAGACUAGAUGAUCAUCCUCUCACCCUCCCACAACUGCCUACGUUCCCUUUUCAUUUGUUAAAAAAAAACUCCUCGACAUGACUUCAUUCUCCUUGUGUUUUCUCAUGGCUCUUAGACAUAAGACGAGACAAUAAUAACAUGAGCCUCAGCGUUAACAUAAUGUGGCUGAAAAGAUAUGUUGGUCCUCCUACCAUAGACCGAUUUAAGGACCCGUUGGGGCAAUCUGUAUCAUAUUUCCUGACAUUUGAAUGGGGAAUGAAAACAACUUGUUACUGGUCUUUCAUUUAUAACCAAAAUCUCUUUAAUAACCGAAGGCAUGUGAAAGAAUGAUACGGAAAUAUAAACUAUUAUUAAACGUGCAAAUGUCGAUCGCAUUAAAGAAAAUACCAAUAAUAACGAAGGUGACCUUAUCAGCCUUGAAAAAGAACGCAGCAUGACCGGAGGAAA